UGUGUGGAGAGGGUGUGUGUGUGUGUGGUUGGGGGUAGUUGUAACGGGUGACACGCAUUGAUGUAAACCCGCGGGGCGACAUAAGCGCGGCAGCGCGCCGCUCAUGACGCGUCUGGAGUCUCCAAAGAAAAGCUUCAUUCAGCAGGAGACAGGCUUCAGUUAUCAAAGACGAGCUGCCUUCAUAGUCUCCCUUUAAAAGUCUCGAAACAGUUCAUUAGUUACCUGCCAGUGAAGAGGCAUUUAAUACGGUUUUGAAUGAGUUGUUCUUCACAAGCUUUAUCUAGGCUAACCAAGAACCGCGACCCCAAACUAUUUUAGUAGCCUACUUUUUUUUUUAGUUAAACUUCAUUUGAGUAAAUAGGACAAAACUUUUUCUUGACUGGAAUGAAAAUGAAGGCGUCUCCCGCGCUCGUGCUCUGCAUGUCAGUCACCGUUUACUUCGCGCGAUCUCAGCUUCAGUUGCGCGUGCGCCCGUCCCCUAGUGAACACCUGCCGGUACCGGACCUGCACGAGGACCCUGACCCGGCGCUGGAACCGGGAGAGAGGGAUUUAACCCCUCGGCUGCUGCGGCGCAAACUCGGCAGCAGUUUUGACCCCGUCUUCUCUUCGACCGGUCCACCGACGCGAGGGAACGGGUCCGAAAUCACGCGAGAGGACGAGAUCAAUCUUGCCGGACCGAUACCCCGUGAAUUUCAGCAGCUGGAUUUCACUGGUCUUAAAGCAGCCGCGAAAACGGAGCGCAGGGUUCGCCGGUGGUUGUGGUCGUACACGCAGUGCCCGGUGCGGUCCAUGUGGAAAGAUCUGGGCGUGCGUUUCUGGCCGAGAUACGUCAAAGAAGGACAGUGCUCGACCGAGCGCUCGUGCUCUUUACCGGAGGGGAUGUUUUGUAAACCAGUGCAGUCCGUGAGCGUCACGCUCCUCCGGUGGCACUGCCAGCAGGGCUCUCGCGCGCUCAAGCGAUGCGUGUGGAUCCGCGCGCACUACCCGGUGAUUUCACAGUGCGGCUGCGCGUGCUGAAGAAGCUGAAGACCACAUUUUUACUAUUGGAAUGAUCCUAAAAUGGUUUAGCACAACAUGAUUUCUUGUCACCCACCCCCCAUUUAACUUUGAGAAGGUGGACUUUGAUGGAAAGACACAUUUGUGAUUGUGCAUUCUUUGGCUAUGCUGUUUAACUAAAUUAUAUUUAUUAUCUGUGAGCAUGUGAAGAAAAUGUUUAUUGAUGAAAGAAAAAAAAGACAAUAAAAGUGCCAAUAUUGUGUAUUUGUAUUGUUAUUGCUAUAGCUGUGACUGAAG